ACACAACUCGUCAAAUUAGGAGCCAAAUUUGUCAUGAUGAUUUACGCAAAAUACGCGUCAUAGGCGGGCUCGUGAACGAAAAUACUCCACUGAAAAGAUAUAAUGUGAGGCUGUCUCACCAAUGCUAUCACGGUGAGUCCGAGCCGUUCAUCUCAUCGCAAUCCUCUAUAAUGGCAAAUAUCAUCCGUUCUGCCAAGCCUAGCAACAAUUGGACGUCGAAUGAAUUGGCUGCAUAUAACAUCGCAGUCUACUGCCAAUCCAUGGAUGACUUCUUCGGAUACACGCCCAACACAAUACCUGACGGAAUCGAUCCUGCUUUCCUGACCGCUACUGUCCCUCCCGACGAAAAUCUAUCAGAUCACACCUAUCGACUCCUUCAAUACCUAGAUAUUGCCACUCACGCCAGCUCCAACCAGGAAUCAGCAAUCAACGAUUUUGCCAAAGAGCUGCUUAGCUUGCUUGGUUUCGAAGAACGAGGGACUCUUCUGCGAUCGCGCUAUUCCAUUCCUUUCAUGAUAUGCGGUGACGAUGGGCGUGUAGCAGAGACUAACCUAUGUUUGGUUCAAGGCAACAUGACGAUUCUCCUUGUCAUUCAAAACGAAACGGCCAUCGGUACCAAGGAUCCCGAAGUGCAGGUCAUCGCUCAAGCCAUUGCUGCUUUCCAAUACAACAACGUAGCUCGCGAUCGCAAUGGCUUAGAACCGCUUGAUUCCAUGACAAUCCCUGCCAUUACUAUGAUCGGCACUCGUCCCGUUUUUUACAAAAUACCCGUCACUCGGCAGCUGAGCGAUGCCAUUGCUAUGGCCCAGUACCCUGUCUCGAAAACAAAAGUUGUCAAGUGUGUAGUUGCGCCACACUCCCGUCGUCUGAGCGAAGGAAUGGAGGUUCCUGAGUUUAGGCGAGAAGUUGUGCAACAUUAUGAGGCUUUCAGAAGAAUGUCGAAGGAAUGCUGGAGCCAUUUCAUUAUCUAAUUUGCUUUG